AUUUAUUGAGAAAAUUCAAAGGCGCUUAGCCAAUUACACUGUCGAUCUGGAAAGCGAAGUGGCGCUCCGAACGAAAGCCUUGAUCGAGGAAAUGCAUCGGUGUGACGAGGUCAUCGCACAGCUCCUUCCGAGGAAUGUCGCCAUUGCAUUCCGCACAGGAACAACCGUGGUUCCCGAACUGUUCGAAUCAACGACGGUUAUGUUCACGCAAUUGUGUGGAUUUGCUUCUCUCACUAACAUCUGUGCGCCGAGUUCUUAUUGAACUAGUCAAUCAAUUCGAAAACAACAUUGAUCGACUGAUUGGCUUAUUUGCCGAUGAGAUUUCCAAAGUGGAAACCGUCAAUGACUGUUGUUUGACUGUCAGUGGCUUAAUUCGGACUGCUCACGAACGGCACGCCGAAGUUAUGGCCCAGUACGCGCUCAAGGUCAUGGAAUCUGCACCGCGGUAUUCCGGACACUUUGAUUUACAGUAUAAAUCCGGAAUUCACUCCGGGCCAUGCGCGGCGGGAGUCGUUGGAUUUCGCCGCUUAAGAUACUGUCUGUUUGGUGACACUGUCAACACUGCCUCCAGGAUGUGCUCCUACGGGAUACCGAAUUGCACUCAAAUUUCCCAUGUCACUGCACAGAUAUUAAUCAGUACACAAUCCUUCCUCAUCGAGCAGCGCGGUGUGAUAUCAGUCAAGGGCAAAAACGACAUGACCACGUACUGGCUUAAUGGAUCAACCACUUCGCGUUAACCAUAAAAAAGCCGCAAGUGCUCGAGCGGAAUAUCAAACUCUCAAUGUAGUCAUAUGCAUUGGCCUUUUGACGUUCGCGUUAGCAUCGCAGUCAAAUGCUUGUUCGAACUUCCUCAUUCGAUGUGGUA